AUUUACAUGCUUCAUUAGAUCUGGGUGUGGUCAAUAGUUAUAAUUAGAUAUUUAGGGCGGAGCUAAAUAGUUUUCUUCAGUGCAGUGCAGUGCAAUCUACCCUUUACUCAGUCAGACUUCUUCUCUGUUGUAAAUGCCACUGUAAUGGCCUCCAUUGCAGAUACCUUUAUCCCCCUUAAUAUUGAACACCUUGAUAGGGUCUUGUCAGAGUUGGAGCAUUUUGCUGAUGCUGAAUGGAAAAGUUUUGGGCUCAAGUGUGGCCUACACUACAACACAUUGAAAGCAAUAGAAAGAGAUGCUGGGUCUACUAAGGAAUGUUUUACAGAGUGUGUGGCUUGUUGGCUGAUGAUGAAGGAUAAUGUCAGUAAAAAAGGAAAACCAACUUUAGAGAGAUUGGCUGAUAUAGUGGAAAAGAUUGGAGACAAAGCUACAGCAAAAAAAAUCAGGAUCCACAAUGGAAUUGUUGUCAAGGGUCUGGAAAUUCACCAAGUUACACAAUCUGUGCCUAUAAAUUCUUCAAAAUGUUCUACAUUAUCAAGGUGGUUUGUGCGACUGAUACCAGUACUUGUAAUAAUAUCAUUAGUAGCAGUAUACAUGGCAUGGGCCUUUAAUCCUACAGUAAAUUCACCAAUUGAUGAAUAUGCAUUAAAACUACGUGAAAAGUACAACAAAACUCUAACGAGGUAUAAAGAUCCAGAUAUUAAUAAAUACCCAGCUGCUGGCCCAACAGCUCCUGUUGUUCCUUUUAUAUCUUUAAAAUUAAUUAGAUUGAAAAGCUACCAGAAGAAAGCAGAUGCAGAAUUUUUACAUAGUGUUGAUAAGGAAAUACUGGAGCAUGAUAAUUUUGAAAAAAUUAAAAUUGAUGACAUUUUGAAGCCACUAACAGGAAAGAGCACAUUAGCUAAAGAGUUAGCUUUGCAGUGGGCUGAAAGAACAGAUAAAUUAUUAAACAAUUUUAAGAUUAUAAUUCUCAUUCCAUUGCGCCUUGAAAUCUAUCAAAAAGCUGAAAAUAUUGAAGACCUUCUUAUUUAUGUUGAAGAUAUUGAUAUGGUUAAAAUAACUUCUUCAAUCAACAGAGCAAGAGGAGCAGAAGUUCUUUGGAUAUUAGAUGGUUUUGAUGAGCUUCCACAUCAUUUGAGAAACAGUUCAACUUCAAUAUUCAUUAAACUUAUAAAAGGAGACAUUCUUCCCAAGUCAACAGUCAUAGUUACAAGCAGACAUGCUGCUACUGAUCGCUUGCUUACCUUUUUAGAAGAUGACUCAAAACAUAUUGUUCUUAGGGGCUUUGGUCCUAAUGAAAUCUUAGAAUAUGUUUCUAAAUAUUUCAAAAAUGAAGUAGUACUUUUUGAGUUUCAAUCUCAUUACAGUGGUAAUACUGUGAUUGAGAAUAUGCUGUACAAUCCAAUGAACUGCUUCAUAAUGUGUAAAAUAUUUACUGAUUUCAUACAUACUAAGAAUAAUAAGUACCCAAUAACAAUGACAGCAAUUUAUAAUUAUUAUGUUCGUGUAAUACUCAAGCGGCACCUCAUUGAUGCUAGAGUAAGUGACAUAAAUUAUGAAAUGCCUCAAAAUUUAAUACGUGAAAUUGAUUUCAAUAUUCCUGAAUUAAUUGAUAUUUGGGAAGAUUUCUAUUUUCUUUCUAAAGUAGCUUAUAAUGGUGUAAUGAAGCAAGAAUAUGUUUUUGGAAAGGAGCUUCAUAAUGUUUUAAAACUGAGUAUGAUGGACACUAUUAGUAGUUUCACUGGGUUCGAUAAAGAUGAGUCCAGCAGUUUCAUACACACUACAUUACAAGAUUACCUUGCUGCAAUUUAUCUUGUCAAUAAUCCUGGCUCCAUGUUUACUGAAAUUGACAUGAAACAAAACUCAAAUCUUGAGGAUGUCUUUAUUUUCUAUGUUGGAUUAUCAAAGCAUAUUGACAGAAAAAUAGGCACACUGGAUAUGCUAAGAACCAAUGUUUUCCGUGAUUCAUAUAAUCUAAUAUAUUUAGGAAUAAGUAGUUUACUGCUCAGAUGUUUAUAUGAAAAUUAUCUACUUUUACACAAUCAAGACUAUAAUUUAGUCUCUGGUCAUACAUGGAGUAUUGCAAAUGUACCUUUGAAUAAUUUUGAUUACUUUAUUGCUGGAUAUAUUGCUGCUGCUCACAAUAUUACACUCAGAAUUAAUGUAUCACAUGCAACUCAAUUAACAGCAUUCAAAAAAGGACUUCAAUUCCAGCAAAAUUCGGUCAAUGGAAAAAUUAAUAUUAGGCUGCACUAUCUAGAUUUUUCUAAAGCGGACCCUGUUGCUGAAGUAAACCUACCAAGUGAUGCAGUAAUAGGAUUAAAUUUAAUGCUUAAACUAGAUAUAAAUUCAAUUUGUCAACUUAUUUCCAAGUUUCCAUUAUUGGAAGAGCUUCUUAUUGUAAUUUAUGAUAAAUUUGACUGUUAUUCAACAAUAUCAGAGCAUCCUUUAAUGAAACUCAAAGAACUGGAAAGGCUGGCAAUAGUAAUAAUGACUUACAAUUAUAAAAGCAUUUUAGAAUUACUCAAACAAUUUGUUGUUCCUAGACGACCUCUUAAACAUUUAGUUGUAGUUGUACCACUGAAAAUAAUAGACAUCUACAUGUAUAGAGAGAUUUUGGAUUUAGAAGUGCAACGCUCUUUGGAUUUAUUGAGAAUUCAAGUAUUUAUUGAUGUCAUAGUUUUCUCAAAAUCAACCUUUAAGUAUACUUAUGGUGAAACACUAGAAUUCAUUUUGAAUAAAGAAACAAACAGUUUAACAUUUAAUUAUUAUCAACUAUUUGUUCAUCUCCUAGGAGCUACCCACAAAAUACAGUUGAGCUCUUUUACCUCAUAUGUAUAUUACAAGGUCAAAGAGAAAAUGGUUUAUCGUCUUGCAAUUACAAUAUACUCAGAACCAGUGACAUCUUCCUUAAAUAAAUUCAUUAGUGCUUUUGUCAACUUCACAUCAAAAAUGAAUAUAACAACAAAUUUUGAUGCGACUGAUUACAUUAAUCAUACAAUAAAAUUAAAUGGUUCCAUGUAUGCUGUAGUUUUACCAGGAGUUCCAGUUCCAUAUAUAGCUGAAACAACUGUCACAGAUUAUAGAAAUCUAGACAGAAAUAUUCUAUUUUUUUUUGGUUUUUUUACAGGUUGUUUUGCUUCUGUUAGUUUUAACAGUUAUCUAUACUUUAAUUGUCCUCGCCAUGCAUUUUAUGUUAUUAAUUUUAUUGCUAUUAUUAUUACUUUAAUAACUAGUCCUCCUUCAUAUAUAUUACUAUCAUAUUAUUAUUAUUAUUAUUAUUAUUAUGUACGUGUAAAUGUACCGGAUUAUUAUUAA